AUGAGGGAUCCUGAUAAAGAGCGGAGGAUGCCGUUAUAAUUUUUCUACCAAUUGACGACUUCGGAAAGCGGAAAUCGCAAAAUUGCUUACAUUUUAUCAACGUGGGAAGAAUCAGAUGAAAACUCUCAUCUUAAUGCUGUUUCAUUAUUAGUGUUCUCAAGGGUUUAUCAUCCGCAAGCGUUUAAAGAAAUUCUACUCGAACUUUCGCAGCUAAUUAGAAAUCCGGAUUUGAAAGCAGCUUCUGAAAUGCUGCAUUUAUUAACAGAACAGUUGAUAGAUGAAGGAUCAGUUGUGGACAUACGAACAAAGUCAUUAAAUUUGCAAUUACUACUCGACUUGCCUCCUCUUGUUCCCGCAACUGGAACAGAUGUUUUGAUGCUUUUCAAAUUUUUAGGGUUUCGAAGCGUUAUAAAAGUGAUAAAUGCUCUGUUAUGCGACUGUCGCAUUGUUCUCACUAGUUCAUCAUUGAUGAGAUUGUCGAGGGCUCAAAAUGCUAUUCUUGCACUACUUUAUCCGUUUUCAUAUUUGCAUUCGUGCGUCACAAUUCUGCCAAGUGCUUUAGCUGAAGUGCUUCAAUCCCCAACGCCGUUUCUGAUUGGAGUUUUGAAGGAUCAUUUUGUGGAUUUUGGCGAUGAAAACAUUGUAAUUCAUCUUGAUGACGAGGAAAUAGUUAUCCCAGAGAGCGUGGAUUUGCACCAGUACGAAUCAAUAUUCUCAAAGCGACUGGAAGAUCGACUUCGAAAGGUACUCUAUUCGACAAGCAGUCAAGAAGACCUCGCCAUAGCUCGGCAAGAAGAAAUUGUUCGCGAUGACCAGAAAAUUGAUAAACAGCUUCGAUCAUGCUUUAUACUUUAUUUCGCCGAGAUUCUCUAUGGAUAUCAGUAUUUUAUUUUAUAUACAAGAACUUCAGGAAAUUUUGAAUCAAGUAAUCCGUCAUCUUUGUCGUUUCAUUUUGGAGCAUUUCGAGGGUUCAGACGAAUGGAUGAUCUCAUGACGAGCAUGAUUUUAAAAAGUGCCUACUUUCAUUCUUUCAUAUCUGCUCGCGCAAUUCCUCGAAAAAAACACGAUCUGUUCGAUGAAGUGUCUUGUUGGAGCGAACUCGACCAAUUAAUUUACCAGAAGGCGUUUUACCAUUUCGAAGACAUUGAAUUGAUUAACAAAAUUGCGGUUGCUCUAGAUAAAAAGGAGCGCUAUAUGUCCAAUUGCUCGUCUCGAAAAUAUGAAACUUUCAGCAAAAUUUUUUUGAAUGGAGACAACUUGAGCAAUGUAUUCACAAAAACGAUUAUUUGUUCGGUGAAUCCAGUGUCAUUGAAUAAUGCGGCACUGCAAGUGAAACUACCGGCUGUUUCGGAGCAUGUUAAAUAUCACAACGCAAAGUUUGAGCUUCAUUCGCAUAGGAUUGAGGUUCUUCGAGACUGUGUAGAAAAUAUUUUUUCGAAUGAAACGAAAUUUGGAAACAAAUCUCUCAAGGCGGUCGAGAUGUCACUGAAGUUUCCUCCGCUGAGAAUUGAAUUGUGCCGAAUUCUCAAUAAAAAGGCAAAUCAUUCACUGUUAACACCAAAGCAAUUCGAAGAAAUUUCGAAUCUAUUGAAUGCUGCGUUAGACGGGGAAAAUGAAAAUGACGAGAAUGGCGUUGUGCGGUCUAUUAUGUAUUUGUCAACCAACUUCAGCAAGAAAUUAUCUCAAGGUGUUCAACAAUACAUGUAUACAACAAUACAGAAUCAUAAAGUGUGGAAGAAUGUCAUGUACUGGGCAUCUUGUUUUUACUAUGAGGUUCAUGAAAUGUUAUUUUCCGAUAUGCUGAAGAAAGACCGCAAAUUGACCGAAAGUCUUUGGUGUCAUACAGUUCGUCCAUGUGCCAUGGAAAUGAUUGAUUUAAACAUGUCGAAUCAAGAAGAAUGGGUUCGCCAAGAAAACGAAAUGAUACAAGCCCAAUCAAAACACUUCGCAAAUAUUAUGAUUUGCCUGCAAAUCCCGUUAACUGAAGCAUUUUUCGAUGAUGAGCAUUCAAAAACUGAUGCAUUGAAAGAAAAAUCGAAAUGGAUUAAAACUACUUUUGAAUCAAUGUUGUCGUUAACCGGAAGGCCAAAUACUUUGACGUUUGAUCAGAUUGAAUGUUUCGUGGAAGCACACAUUGAAACAAUGCGCGAUUUGUACGUCGAACUCUGCGCUGUUGAAAAAACGCUCCAGAAAAACAGCUUCUAUCCAUUCCUGAUCAAUAAGAACGAAUUUUUAAUAUACGAUCCAGUCAAUUGUUAUUCCUUGUUGUCAAAUCCUGACGGAGCCAGUACUAAAAUGAUUCUUGAUGGCGUUUUUCCUGCUGAAGGGAGCAUGUUUCUCACCAACUAUAGAAUCAUUUUCAAAGGAAAAUCAAUCGGUUCUCCAGGAAUUAAGAAUAUGGUAGUACAAUCUCUACCACUUUAUUCAUUAGAAUCGUGCAAACGAGCAACAAGCAGGAAAAUUAUACCAAAGGAACUGAAGGAUAUCGCAAUUGAAAAUGUGCUCUGCAUUCGAUCAUAUUCAUCACCAACGAUAAUGUUAGCUUUUGAUGACGUUGAGGUGAAUGGAUUGAAGUUUGAUCAACUCGUUGAAGAAAUAGAAACGUGCUCUCACAACUCACUUACAACAAUCACUUCAAGAAAGGUUACAAAAACAGAUUCACAUGGAUUCCAUAAGUUUGGAACCUUGAAUGCCAUUCGAAAACUAGAAGGCCUUACCAAGAAACGAUCGACAGAUUCCCAUCGGAUGAGAAGUCUGUCGUCUCAUCGAGGUUCCAUUAAUAUUGCUUUCGACAAGCCAGAAGAAUUGAAUCACAUGAAGCAGAAUGCGCUACUAAGAUACGCUAUAAUCGAUUAUCUACGCCUAGGACUAAACCGAAAGCCCAUGAUAAGAAUAUCAAAUGCGAACAGCGACUACACCCUUUGUCCGACAUAUCCUGCUAAUAUCAUAGUUCCAAGUGAAACAAAUGAAACAGAGCUUUCAAAAGUUGCCAAGGGAUUUGUGGAACAUCGUCUUCCAGUAGUUACAUGGAUGCACAAGAAUGGAGCCUUGUUGGUCCGAGCUAGCUCAUUCUGCAAUCAAGAUGUUGUGAAAAAGUUGAAGACGCGAGUUGGAAAUUAUAGAAAACACGGAAAUAAAUUGUCAACGGCAAUGAAUGGCAGUCAACAGACAUUGACAUCCAAAACAAGUAGCACCGACGAUAAUUCCUCAAAUAUUGUUACUGGAAAUGAAAUUCGAAGCUCGGAAGUUCAAAUGAACUACUUCGUGAAGCUGGUUCAGUCGUCACCACAUGGUUCAUUAAGCACAUCAGCUCGCAACAACACUUUGAAAACAAUGAGCAGUGAUGAACGUCAAGUAACCGUCAAAAUGAUGUACGUGUUAGUUGAAAAGGGACAACAUAUAAAAUUCCCUAUUGACAGUGAUGUUGAACCAAUUGUCGUUAAAAGUGUGAAAGAAUCGGAAAUACGACGAUCAUUAAGUAAGGUCCGACAGUUUUUCAACAAAGAACAAAGCAAAGUCAACUACUUCAGCUUGUGGUCAGAGACAAAUUGGCCCCAAUGUCUAUCACGAUUGAUUGAAAUCUCAAAUGGUGUUGCUGCUCUUUUGAAUGUUUGUGCUUCAUCAGUUGCUCUAUGUUUGGACUGUGGAAAGGAAUCUACUACUAUAAUAAUGUCUCUGACACAAAUUCUGUGUGAUCCAUACUACAGGACAUUCGACGGAUUUCAAACUUUGAUAGAAAAAGAAUGGCUUGCAUUCGGACAUGACUUUUCGAAUGCUAAGGAUGGUUUUUCGUCGUCAUUCAUCUGCUUUUUGGAUUGUGUUCAUCAAAUUUUGAGACAAUAUUCUUUUUCGUUCGAAUUUUCGCAGUUCUACUUGAAUUUUUUGGCGUUCCAUUCAAUGUCCGGCUUUUUUUGCACAUUUCUAGCUGAUUGUGAGGAAAAACGCCUUCAUGGGGACAACUUCGAGAAUUCUUACUCGAAUGAAUCAAAAGAGAGCUCAAGCGAUACCUUCAUGCGAGAAGGAAACUCUCCAACUUUGUUCAAUCAAAUGCCUCCAUUGUGUUCAGGAUAUUUAAGCAAACGCGGAGCCAAACUGAAAUUAUGGGUCCCGAGAUUCUUUGUGAUAUAUCCAAAUCUUCCAAAAAUUUAUUAUUACGAAGACAUCGAGCAGUGGAAAAAUACUGAAAAGAAUUCUGGUGUCAUCGAUUUGGUGGACUUUACCGGAUUUGUUAUUGAACAAACGGGAAGACGCGCCAUUUUAGAGAUUCAAACCCGUGGUAAAAACUACAAACUUCUUUCCGAAAAUAUUACGGAAGCCACUCGUUGGAAGGAAUGUAUCGAACAAGUCAUAAAAGAAUAG